AUGGAGGAUCUCAAUUUGACAGAGACCGAAAUGAGAUAUUUCGGUGAUUUGUUUUUAUGUUGCGACGAGGAAUCCAACGGGAAAAUACCGAUAUUAAAAGCUACAGAACUGUUUAGGUCUUCUAAUAUACCCAAUGAUGUAUUGCGACAGAUCAUGGACAUAAGUGUGGCGCCUAAUACCUGUGCAUCACUGAAUCAUAUGAAUAGGAAACAAUUUUAUUCAGCUCUAAAACUGAUAGCAGCUCAUCAAACUAAUAUGUCUUUAAAACCUGAACUAUUGUCCACACCUUUAGACCUGCCACUUCCAAGAUUUACGUGGGCAUUGAACUCUGAUGCUAAUGCAGAUUUGAUACAGUUAUCUAAUUCUCCUAAAGAGCAACAUAUUUCAAAGCGUGAGAGAAGUUUUGGGAGUAAUCUUGGAGCAUAUGAACCUAUGAGGUUAUCGUCUAAUCUUUCUGAUAGUGAUGUUCCUCAAACUCUGUCACAUGAUCCUACAGAAGCACUCAGUACAGAUUCAGAAAUGGAAUCUGAAACUGCAUCACAAAGAUCUGGAUCAUGUGGAAGAAGAGCUAAAGCCGGAUCACCAUGGAGCACUGCAAGUGAGAGUCCAACUCCUACCAAUAGUAUUGCGGAGAGAGUUCACCCUGUGUGGGAGCACAGUGCCACUGGCCGUGGAGUCUGGCCUACGAAUACUGCUGAAGAACAUACUCGGCUUUUAGGAACAGAGGAAGAGUCAUCAGACCGUCACUCGUCCGAAGAGGAGGGCGAGGGUGACGGUGAUGUGUUCGAGAUCAGCGAGGUCCAAGCGCGGCACUACGCGGCACAAUUCGCACAAUUACGUCCCGAACGCGGCUUGCUUUCUGGACAAACUGCCAGGUUAUUCUUCGAAAAAUCGCGUCUAUCCGUGCCAGAUCUUCGAAAAAUUUGGCAACUAUCUGAUAUAACUAAAGAUGGAAUGCUGACUCUAGAGGAAUUCAGUAUAGCGAUGCAUCUGAUAGUACUGAGACGUAACAACAUCCCAGUGCCGGACGUGUUGCCCGCCUGCCUCGUGCCCAAAGUGGACUCGCAUUUCUCGCAACAAGCGAUCACAACCGAUCUUGUAGACCUCGGUUCUGAUAUGUUCAGCUCUGGGACUUCGGCCGAUUUCAAUUUUGCACCCAAACCAGAAAAUAUUGACCCAUACGAAAGUAAACCUGCCAAAAAAGUAGAUGAGCGACAACCAUCGUUGUCCCCGCCAAAAGCCGAGCCCCAAGUUAAUAAUAAGGAGUGGACUAAAUUUGUCGAUUCCCCCACUUCCAGCGUUUCCAGUCCUGGCCCAAAGCCGGUCAAUUUUGAUUUUCAUAAAUCCGCACUGGAACGAGAUCCGAAAAUAUUUCAUCCUGUCGCUCUCAGGGUAACCCCUGACGCGAACACGAUGCCGCACGAAGGCGAUUUACGAUCAAGUACUUCACCUAGACGAGACGAUUUUGCGCACGCAUUCGAGUUGGCCAGUCCAAAGCGAUUGAACUCCCAACCACCCGAACAGCCCUCGAACGGCAAUUCGGAAAUAAAAUCGAUUCAACGACCCCAACCCAAGAAGCCCGUGAAAAAUGUAGGAGUACUUCCGCCCCCGCCGGCUCGGGAAUCCUCAGUUCAUGCAGAAGAGGGGCCUGCGUCACUCCAGUAUGCGCCCAAGAAGGACCCUCCACCGCCUCCACCACCACGUCCAUUAAGAAACCACACUCGAUCCAGUUCUUUAGACUUGAAUAGGUUCAAAGGAGCCCCUGCGCCCCCUCCCCAGCCUCCCCCGCGCAUGUCACCGGCCACGUCCCCGCCCGCACGCCGUUUAGUCAACCAAAGGAGUGAGGGCGAGCCAGCAUUCCCUCCCGACGCAUUCGCCCCACGAGAAUACGAGGGUGAGGGCUUCGGAUACAAUAGAGAGGACGCUCCAAAAAUGCACGGCGCCUUCGAAGUGUACCGGAAGCCCUCACGGGAGUCCUCCUGCGAGACGGACCCGGAUGUGAAGUCCCUGCAGGAACAGAAUGCGGUGCUGCAUCGCGUGUGCCGCGCCCUCUGCGCCGAGCUGGCUGAUGUGCAGAGGGAGCGGGAAUCCCUCAAGGUACGUCUCGACCACUCCACCCCUGUC